AUGUCAUCAACAUCAUCAUCACAAAUAAGCACAUUCACGCCUGCGGUACUAACUUCAUAUAGAAACUACAACAUCAAAACAUCCGAACUGCCUACUGGAAUGCUUUUCAUUGCCUUCGGAUGUGGAUUGGCUGUCGUAAUAGUUGCAUUUUUCGCUAAUUGGUUUAUUAGUAUUAUAAUAUCAUGGUAUCACGCACGACAAGAAACCUACUACCUAGAAUCAGCAAAAUAUCGAAAAGCUAUAGGUCUGGACUUGAAUAAUGAAACUGCAUUCGACCGUACAGUAAGAGACAUUUCGGAGAAAGUAAUACGAGCAAAGCGAAAAUGCGAAAGGGCAACAGUUAAACCUGUGCGAAGGUUGCUUUCAAUUGCAGUACCGGGAAGAGGAAUCGAGGAACCAGAAGAAGACUCAUCUAUGUACGUUUCACCAACAAAUCUUCUUCAAAAAAUAUACGACCAGCAGCCGCCUCCCAGGUCACGGUCCAAAAGAAUUGUAAGGUCGUUAUCACGGCGGAUAUCACGUGGAGUAGGAUUUAAAGAACGUCGCAACAACGUAACCACUUUAGCUCCGCCGAGAGUAACAAGGAAUAGUUUUUACUCCUCAAGGAAUAAGAUUAAUACAGCAAGGAUAAACAACUACCAGUUUCCGACCCGACCACGCCAAGCUCCAACCUUAUUCUUGGACUCACUGCUGAGCAAAGAUGCAACCCACGCAUGA